AUGGGCGACGAAGGCCCCAAAUGGCGUCUAGAACAUUCACCCAAUGCCCUUGCGAUAUGUAACCAGGCAGCCUGCAAGCGCGCAAAAACCUUGAUCAAGAAGGGAGAAUUGCGCAUCGGAACACAUACACUUUUCGACAAUGGGGUAGAGAGAAGGUGGUAUAUGGCUUGGCGUCAUUGGGCGUGUGCAACGAAACAACAAAUCGCGGGCCUAGUGGAGACGACUGAUAACGACCCUACUAAAGCGCCGGACUACCAACGCCUUAGCCAGGAGAGCCAGGAGCAGGUACGCCUUGCAUUCGAGUCAGGCAAACCAGCAGACAAAGAAUUCAAGGGAGUCCGCGAAGAUCUAGCAGGAAACGCGCAGAAGUAUGCCAAGGAAUACACGAAUGCAACAGGCUACAAGGUCGACGUCGCUGUCCGUGCGGCUGCUUGUCGCGGCGGCGACUGUCUGGCCAAGGGUAUCAAAAUCCUGCGGAAUGAGCUGAGGCUCGGCAUUCUCGUCCCUUUUGACGGAGAACACUCAAUAAUGGUCUACAAGCAUUGGAAGUGCAUCUCCGACAUUGACUUGCACGGUCUUAUGGGACUCGCUGAUGACGACGCACUGGACGGCCUGGAUUCAAUCUCCCAAGAGUUACAGAAUGUAGUGAUGGAGACGCUCGAGACAGGGAAGGUAGUUGAGCCACCGGAGAGCAAGAACGAAAUUCCCGUAAAAUCCAAGAAGGCCCGGACUAAGACGACCAAGGCGAAAGAGGCAGCUAAAGGUCGCAUCGAUGAUCCUGACGUCAAGGUCAAAGACGAGGAUGUUGAGAUGGAGGAUGCACCCAUUUUGGCAGUCGAAGCGAAGCCGAAGAACUCACGGGUGAAGAAGCGUGACGUGGAUGAUGUUGAGUCAAACAGCCAGCCUGAGCCCAAGCCUCUGGAGAAGAAGUCACAGGCCAAGAAGCGUGGCGUCAACGAGGUCAAUGGGAGCAACGAGCCGGAGCCGAAACCCGUAGCGAAGAAAACGCGAACCAAGAAGCGAGCCGUCAAGGUAGAAAACAGUAGCGAGUCUGAGGCUGAGGCUGAGUAUGUGCCAAAGAAGUCAAGGAGCCGAGCAAUGCCCCUCAAAGAGCCUAUUGGUCUAUCCUAG